ACUGGGGCAAAAGUCACAGCAGAGCUGAGGCACGUGACCACUAUCCGUUGUUCUGAUUGGCUGUCAGGGCGUUAACGUUAGAGUGGAGCAGAGGUAGCUGACAAAGUCGGUCGUGUUUAUGCAAAACCUUCAACCAUGCUUCUUAACAAGGUGUUCAGAGCCAGCCUUCGGUCUGGGAUUCGUCUGCAGAGCUCCAGUGCUGCAGCAGCUAAAACAGCUUCCAGCGGUCAUGUUGGAUCCUCUGGCUUCUCUUUUGAGCUGACGGAUCAGCAGAAGGAGUUCCAGCAGCUUGCCAGGAGGUUUGCUCGUGAAGAGAUGAUGCCUGUUGCAGCUGCUUAUGACAAGAGUGCUGAAUAUCCGUUCCCCAUCAUCAAGAAAGCAUGGGAGCUCGGUCUGGUGAAUGGACACAUUCCUCAGGAAUAUGGUGGGAUGGGUUUGUCUAUCUUUGAUGCCUGCCUCAUCACAGAGGAGCUGGCUUAUGCCUGCACAGGAAUGCAGACGGCCAUGGAGGCAAACUCGCUGGGACAAAUGCCUGUUAUCAUUGCUGGAAAUGAAGCACAGAAGAAGAAAUACCUGGGAAGAAUGACGGAGGAGCCGCUGAUGUGUGCGUACUGUGUGACUGAACCAGGAGCGGGUUCUGACGUGGCUGGAUUAAAAACCCGUGCAGUGAAGAUGGGAGAUGAGUAUGUCGUUAAUGGGCAGAAGAUGUGGAUUACCAAUGGAGGGAAAGCUAACUGGUACUUCCUCCUUGCUCGCACCAAUACUGAUCCCAAAUGUCCUACUAGCAAAGCUUUCACUGGUUUCAUUGUGGAUGCAGAUACUCCAGGGAUCCAGAUCGGGAGGAAGGAGAUGAAUAUGGGACAGAGGUGCUCUGACACCAGAGGCAUUACGUUUGAAGAUGUCAGGAUACCCAAAGAGAACGUCUUGAUCGCAGAGGGAGCAGGAUUCAAAAUUGCUAUGGGUGCCUUUGACAACACCAGGCCACCAGUGGCAGCAGGAGCAACAGGGCUGGCCCAGCGGGCUCUGGAUGAAGCCACAAACUACGCCAUGGAGAGGAAGACCUUUGGAAAAGUGAUCGCUGAGCAUCAGGCUGUGUCCUUCCUCCUGGCUGAGAUGGCGAUGAAGGUUGAGCUGGCCAGGAUGGCGUACCAGAGAUCUGCUUGGGAAGUCGAUCAAGGUCGCAGGAACACCUAUUACGCCUCCAUUGCCAAGGCCUUCGCCGGAGACAUCGCCAAUCAGGUGGCCACUGACGCCGUUCAGGUCUUCGGAGGCAAUGGUUUCAACAGCGACUACCCUGUAGAGAAGCUGAUGAGAGACGCCAAGAUCUACCAGAUCUAUGAAGGAACAGCUCAAAUCCAAAGGCUCAUUAUCGCCAGAGAACACCUGGGAAAAUUCAAGAAGUGAACAGUUUCCUGAUCUGUCCUUGUUUAAUUAAAGUUAACUUCUGUAGCCCUGUACAUACAAACGUGCUUCAGUAAAGUUAAUCCGGCCACUUA